CAUUUCCGCCAAGAAAUAAGAUCAUCACAGCAUGCAUGUGCUGCUUCUGACGCUGAAGAUGAUGAUGAUGUUAGGCUGAAGCAGGAUUCACAUGGUCUACCCCACCCUCGCUCUGUCAUCAGAUAGGAAACAAGGGGGUUUGUCUCGGGGAGCAUCACCCCAGCAGAAACACGAGCAUCAGGAGGCGUGUGGAGCGUCGCGCACCUUGGAGACGUCCAGCGCGUCCAUGAGGAGAGGAUGGAGACAUGGCGAGCGCAGUUCUCCGUAUCUUGACGCCAGUGCAUUAAACAUAUAUGUUUCAUUCUCAAGAGCUUUAAAGACAGCAGGAUCCUUUCGCUGAAAGAAGCGUGCUGCUCUGUAGCUGAAGAAAAUGGAUCCGUCCCCAACAGGUCAGCAGUACGGCUCCAAAAAGAGGGUUAAAAUCCACCCCAACACUGUCACAGUAAAGUACACCACACAUUUCCCCCAGCCGGGUGAUGAGGGAUACGAUGACGCGCCGUCUUUUGAGGACUUCGGCUCAUUCAUGGACAACAACCCGAGCAAGAGACUGGUGUCAGAGAGCGGCCACGGCAGGACUUUAUUCGGCACUAUGGAUUCUCAUCCCAAAGCUGAUCAGAGAGAUAAAGGAGUGGGCAGUCAGCUGGCGAGCUUCGGCGAGGCCUCGGUCCUGGCAUCGCGGGUCACCUGGGGUGCCCUUUUUGGGGCAGCCAUCGCGCAUGGUUGCGUGGCCCUCAUUACACGCCUAGCAGCCGACCGUUCCAAAGUGCCAUCAUUAGAGCUCAUCUUCAUCCGCUCGGUGAUCCAAGUGUUGUCCAUACUGGUGGUCCUCUACUACAAAGAGGCUCCCUUUGGGCCGAAGGGCUAUCGACUGCGUUUGUUCUUCUACGGGGUUUGUAACGUCAUCUCCAUCACGUGUGCAUACACAUCCUUUGCGAUCGUUCCGCCCAGCAACGGCACCAUCAUGUGGCGGGCGACCACCACGGUUUUCAGUGCUGUUCUGGCCUUCUUGCUCCUAGAUGAACGCCUCGGUUACACAGACGUUGUGACAGUCGUAGGUAGCCUCUUCGGCCUGUGUCUCGUCAUGAUCCCCAACAUCGCCGACGAGGAGGAGUCCCCUCUGGGAUUCUGGAAAGAAGCCUUCGGCUACACGAUGACUGUCAUGGCGGGUCUGACAGCUGCUCUGUCCAUGAUCGUGUACCGGGCCAUCAAAGAGCGUGUCAGCAUGUGGACAGCGCUCUUCACGUUCGGCUGGACGGGAACCGUGUGGGGGGCGUCCACUAUGUUCAUCAUGCAAGAGCCCAUCAUUCCGUUGGAUGGCGAGACGUGGGGAUAUCUCAUGGGGAUCUGCAUUUGCUCCACCGUGGCGUUUCUGGGCGUCUACUACGCCCUCAACAAGUUCCACCCGGCUCUGGUCAGCACCGUGCAGCAUCUGGAGAUCGUGGUGGCCAUGCUUCUUCAGCUCAUCGUGCUGCGGAUGAUCCCGUCCGUGUACGACGUCUUCGGAGCGCUGGUCAUCAUGGUCAGCGUGUUCGUCCUCACGGGUCUCAAGCUUUACAGAGUGGGCCGGGCCAUCCGACAAGAUUACCAAGAGAUUCUGGACUCGCCGAUCAAAUGAGAGCGUGUGUAGUGUGUUAGUCCCACUGUAAGUGUGUGUACUUGAGCGCAUGAGGGGGCAUGUAUAUGUGUGUGUGUGUGCAGUGUUUCUCAGCCCCCUUCUCUUACAAAUGUGCAAUCAUUGAAUAUCUGGAUCUUCGGCAUUUAUUUCAAAUCGUGAAAAGAGUGCCAUUGGUGUAAUGUCUUUGCUAACUGUUGAUGUGGGAAAAUAAAAACAGUGAUCCAUA